AGAAUACAUACUAGGUAAAUUCCUUGAAACAGACUUUAGACGAAUUACCUAAGGACUUGUAUCGCACUUAAAUAAUAAAUUCAUCAACAAAAUUGUUUGUCGUUUUUUUUUGGAGGGGGACGAGCAAAACUCCACCAAUAAAUAUAUCCUGGAUCCAUAAACUACGCACAACUAUAUAUUUAAAUCGCAAUACACACACGUGUAUUUUUAACACAAUGAAAAUCGAUUUUAUAGACGCAGUUAGUAUAAACACGCUAAGUCGUGUUCAUAUACUUUUGACUGAGGGGUAAUGUUUAGCGAGCGAGGCAGGUCCUUAUAGUAAUAUACUUACUCUACUCUUUGGUAAUUAGUUUGAAUGGGAUUGUGAUGCGUGCUUUCUGUCCGUCUAUUUAAUUCUCUAUCUACGAAAAAAAGACGUGACAUUGACAUUUUCAAUAAAUUUAUUUUGUUUUUGACAGCCGGCGAGGUUUUGUAAUUUGUUUAUAAAAAUAAAUAAACCAAGAAUUUAAUGAAAUAUUUGUGUUGGAUCUUAUAAAGUCGCAGUAUUAUAGAAAAAGUUUUUCCGUUUCAGUUUACAAAAUGGAGGAUUGGGAAUCUGAUAGAAUUGUCGAGAAAUGGAUACAAGAAAACGAUAAAACUUUCAUGGCUGUGCCAUCUAUUGAGUCUGAACCCCACCUUCUUAUAUCCAAAGUUCGUAAGCAUUAUAUGGAGUAUCUUAUUAAGUUACUUGCAGUAAAUUAUGAGAAUAAUCAGAAAUUGCUGAACAAGAAUAUAUAUCUUCCCAGUGCUAUUUGGAGAUGUGCCAAAAUGAUAGAGAUGUCAGCAGCGCAGGCAUCCAUGGUGGUACAUUUAUACAGAAACAGUAUUACUGAAGUGAUCAAAGGUUUAAAAAAAUCUACAAGCAAAGGUGCUCUAUACAGAAAACUGUAUGAAUGUCUUCACUACGCACCAGAAAAUGAAAAGAAAGUUCAAGCUACCAUGAUAAGUACAAAAGAUUGUAACUGUCAAUGUUCAUGUAACCAAAGAAAAAAAGUGAAAAGAACGUCUGAAUCUCCAACACAAAUGAAUGAAAACAUUGAGCAGCUUACGCUUAAUAAUAAUAAUGUAACCCAAAACUCAAACAAUAUUGUAAUUGAACCACAGAAUGAUAAAAGUAUUGCCAACAACAAUACUUCACCAAAGACUAACAUAAGAAUGUCAAUUGAUAUGCCAGACUCGGAUGAUUUAACUCAACAACUCGAUAAACUUUUUCAACUCGAUAAACUUGACGAAAAUGAUGAUGACCUAUUUGACAGUGCCCUGUGCAUGACAGAUGACUCGAAGAUAAUUGAUGACAGUUUAAUACAACUUAAACCUGUGAUUCAAGAAGUUAAUUUGCCAAAUGAGGACAGACAAGAUUCUCAUAAGUGUUUAGAUGAAAGACUGGCUUUAAUAAGUGGCAUAUUAGUUAACAAUGAAACAGUAACCCAAGAUCCAGUCAAUGUAAUUCCAAAACUAAUUGAACACAAAAGAACAAGUAAAUGGCUAUGUGAGGAAUAUUUCCAAAAAGUUAAACUGUAUGAAUUGUUAGACCAAAUUAGAGAUUGUGACAGAAAGAAAUAUGCAAGGGUGAAAGAGAGGCUGUUGUUAUUAUUUGGCGAUGAUAGUGAUGAUGAAGGUGUAGUAUCUCCGUUGGAGGAGACACACGAUUUUAUAAGUAGUUGUAAAGAAAGAAUUGCACCUUGGAUAGUGAAAAUACUUACACCAUAUUAUGUUAAGGGAAGAAUAAGAGGAAAAGCAUUGUUCAAGUCUUUGGUUAAACACUUAAUAAGGCUAAUAUACCAAUGCAGUAAAUAUCCACAGGAAUAUGAAGUACAGAGCUUUGUCAAAGAUUUUUUGGAUACUCAUAAACUGAUUCGAUGUGAAGCUGAUUUUAUGCAAUUUAGAAUAGAAAAUUACUAGAACUGUGAAUAAUUAUGUUGUGAUACAUGAAGGCUUUAUUACAAUGGAAAAUUUGUGUUCACAUAAACAAAAUGAAGAUGAGCUUUGUUACAGCUUGCUUCUAGUGUAACCAAAUGUGAACCCAAUGGGUAUAUACUCAGAGGCACAAUUAUCCGCCAGCUUUAAUAUGACGCGAAUACAUUAAAGUGGGCGGAUAAUUGUGCCUCUGAGUUUAUGUAAAAUUUAGUUCAAAAACUCAACUUCAAGAAUUUAACAACAUAUCUACGAGUAGUUGAAGUAGGUAGUUUGUCUUCAUUGAAAAAAACUCAUGAAGGUAAUAUUUUUUUGUGUAUACUUUGAUUACAACUAACUACAGUACGAUCCAAACUUUGACGUUUCGGAAAUACAAAAUUUUGGGUAUCAGCGGGAACGUAAGGCUGCGGCGGCAAUACCCCGCGCGCGUUUGAUUUCACUGUACUUUACGUACCGUAGCGACGUUUCCGUGACGUCAUAGCGUUUGUACACCUGCGGCUUGUUUCUGUGACGUCAUAAAGUUUGCAUUGGACUAUACGGUAUACCGAAGCAUCUGAAUGCACAUUUGGCUUGUCAUUUUGGCUCAAAAAUCUGAUAACUAAUUCUCCUCUAAUGUAUGUUUGAAUGUUGUUCAGCAACUAAUUAAAAUGCUGUUCUGAAAUAAAUAUUUGUAUGAGAUGAACACAUUUGAGUGUGUAUAUUGUAAUUCAUAUUAAGCUGGAACACUAGAGUGUGAAUGUCUAUUGUAAUUCAUAUUUAGGGCACCGUCUAUUAGGUAAUAAGUUACAGAUGUGUGUUUUUGAAAUAUCAAUUUCAAUCCGCGUUUUCCCUGAAACCAAAUGUACUACUCGCUUUGAAGAAGUACAGAUGAACCGAGUAGUAUUAUGAGGCACUUUGUUUGUACCUCAAAUUGCUUCAGUACUUGUAAGACUCUGGUGCAAAAAAAGGUUGUUCACAAAGCGAAGUUUGUUCAUACACUAUUAAAUAGGGUAAUUGACUCGUAUCAAAUUUAAUAUAAAUAAUAAUUUCGUGUAGUACAUGGAAUAGGGGUCCGAAAUAUAUCGAUAUUAAUUAAUAAAAAUUAAGGAUUUCAUAGAAAAUUUAAUUUAAAAAUUGUGUAUAAUUUUUUCAAACUUCAAAAAAGGGUCGUCCAUUUUGUGACGUCACAAUGUUACUUGAUGUCACUAAUUAAUAUUUUGUCAAACACUAAACCGUGUGGUUAAGGUUUAGCCCUAUUUCGGACUACUUUAGUAUUUUAGUCGAGUAAGAACGAUUUUUAGGCGGUAAAUCCAAAAAUUGUUCGUAUUCAACUAAAAUACUAAAGUAGUCUGUAUUAGUAGGCCUAUUAGUGUUUAUGUGACGUCAUGACGUACAGAUAAAAUAUAGACCAACAAGACGACAGCGUUUUGGCUCCUAUUGUAAAUUUUUUUUUGUGCAUUCAUGUCUCUAAAAAAUAUGAUAAUUUUUGUUUUCAAUCUAGUAGAAUGAUAAUGAACAAUUUAAGACCCUUUAAAAAAAUGUCAACAAGCCUAUUUACUACUUCGUGAGUAGUGUAUUGGAGGAAGUAUAAAAAUGGCCUUAAGUUUCGACAAUAACAGUUUGAAUCUCUAGUUAUUAAUUGCCAUGCAGAUGAUUGUUACAUGCCUGAAUGGCAUUUGUUGCCUUUCAAAUAAAUAAAUAAAGUUA